AUGUUGUCACGUUGUGUCUUGGCAGCUGCAUGCAGCGGUAAACUGGAACAGCACACUGAGAGGAGAGGGGUGAUCUACAGUCCGGCGUGGCCACUCAACUACCCCUCAACCAUGAACUGCAGUUGGUACAUCCAGGGAGAUCACGGGGACAUCAUUACAAUAAGCUUCAAGAACUUUGACCUUCAGGACUCUCACAAGUGCUCUGUGGACUGGCUCCUGAUUGGCCCGUCUUCAAAGCGAGAAGAGUACAAAGUGUGCGGCUCCACCAUGCCUCCGGCCUUCACCUCCUCCCGCGAUCAUGUCUGGAUAUUCUUCCACUCGGAUGCCUCGAGUUCCGGGCAGUCUCAGGGGUUCCGGCUCUCCUACAUCCGGGGUAAAAUGGGGCUGACUUCCUGUCCAUUGGAUGAAUUUCUCUGCGGAAACGGCAAAUGUAUUCCAAGCACCUGGAAGUGUAACGCCGUGGAUGAAUGCGGGGAUAACUCAGACGAACGCAACUGCACACCACCAUCUACAGAGAUUCGCACGAGCCUUUGCCCCCUGGGGACAUUCCCUUGUAACAUGGCCCACUCCACGCAGUGCAUGCCCAACGAGCUGCGCUGCAACUCCGUGAAGGACUGCAUCAGCGGCGCUGAUGAGGAAAACUGCCCGGAGUUGUCGUGCGGUGGAAAGCUCAGCAAUUUUUACGGCUCCUUCGCCUCACCGGACUUCUUCCGGGUAGAUCGCGGCCACUCUGAGCUGCAGUGCACGUGGUUCGUGGACACAGAGGAUAACCGGCACGUCAUCCUGCAAAUCGACCUGCAGCUGGGGUACAGCGACUUCGUCAGGGUGUACGAAGGCAUCGGUGAGAGGAGCGAUAAACUCCUCCAAACCCUUUCUUUCCGAAACAACCGUCACACGGUCAGCGCCGAGUCCCCCAACGGUCAGCUCACGUUGACAUACCACGCACGCUCGAAGAGCAUGGGUCACGGGUUCAAUGCCACUUACCAAGUGAAGGGUUACUGCCUCCCCUGGGAGCAUCCGUGCGGAACGGACGACAUCUGCUACUCAGACAGCCAGAACUGUGAUGGGUGGUGGCACUGCCCGAACGGCAAAGACGAGGAGAACUGCCCGGCCUGCCAAAACAAUGAGUACCCUGCGAGGGGGGGGAGUGGAUUGUGCUACUCCUACCUAGACCGCUGCAACAACCAAAAAAAAACUGUCCGGAUGGCUCGGAUGAGAAAAACUGUUUCACAUGCCAGCCUGGCAACUUCCACUGUGGCACCAACCUAUGCAUCUUCGAGACUUGGCGCUGCGAUGGGCAAGAAGAUUGCCAGGACGGGAGUGAUGAACAGAACUGCCUGGUUAUUGUACCGCGAAAAGUCAUCACGGCAGCGCUGA